AUGGCGUCCUUUUUCGAGCAGUUGUGGGAGUCCAUCUUCACGCCAGGGCCGACUCCUACGCUCCUUGUCGCAACAAACGCCUCCUUCGCCGCACUCCAACUUCUCCUCUUUGCCAUGCUCCUCGCGACCUACAGCAUACACUUCAUCAUCUUGUCUCUCCUCUGUGGAGGUCUCUGGUGGUCAAUCAACUGGUUUGCGGCAGAAAUCAGGGCUGCGCAGGAGAAAGAGGAGGAGGCGAAGCGGAUUCGUGAAGCUAGAAGAGGCGCAAAGGAGAAGGGUGAUGAUGGUGAUGGUGAAGCCAUGGACUCGGGAGACGAUACCGAAGUUGAGACCGAGGUUGAGCAGAGACAGGUGCCGCAGCCCAAGCCCAAGCAACCGCGUGCUGAGGCACAGAGCACUGUCUUGGUUGACAGACCACAAGGCAGUGCUGUGAGCAGCCCACCACCUCCUCCUGUGACGGCCGGUGCGAGCACUACUACGGGCGCGACUACAGGGCUCGCGGUCCCUGCCAACGAGACAACCAAGAGAAGAAAGGGUAUGGCUGAGUCUACAGGCGAUUUGUCUACGGAUAGCGAGUGGGACAAGCUGUCGGAGGAUUCCGAGGAUAGAUGA